AUGCAGGCCGUCAUUCGAGAUGCCCCAUUCGGGCAGUUGGUCCGUUUUGUCACGAAGAACAAGUACUUCCAAUACCCCGAAGAGAAGCCCGACUUUCAACUACCAGAGACAUGGGUCGAUGUGAUGAACCAGUCGGACACGUCAAGGAAAGACUCGUCACAGACUCAGAAGCCAGAAGAAAGUCCCGAAAACCAUGGCAGCGACCAUAAUGGCAACGCUCUCAGUCAAACAUCGACCCGGCGUUCACUCCCCUAUACGGAAGAGCGCCUGGAAGAAGACGAACGCCAUGAGAUCGAAAAAGUCAAGUCGACGCCCAUUGUCCCCAAACGCACUCGAGACGGCAUCGUCCUCGUCGAUUGGUACUAUACCGAUGACCCCGAGGAUCCCCACAACUGGUCGAACACCAAGCGCGCUCUCAUCGCAACAAUCAUCUGUCUAUACACUUUUGUCGUGUACACCACCUCCGCCAUAUAUACCUCCUCCACAAUUGGAGUCAUGGAAGAGUUCGGUGUCAGCACUCUCGUCGCUACCCUCGGUCUCUCACUAUACGUCCUCGGAUACGGUACCGGACCAUUGAUCUUCUCUCCAUUGAGCGAGAUCCCAAUCAUCGGCCGAAACCCAGUGUACAUCAUCACGAUGUUCCUUUUCGUGAUCAUCUCCAUCCCGACAGCAUUUGUCGGCAACUUCGGAGGCCUUCUCGUUCUUCGUUUCCUACAAGGCUUCUUCGGCUCACCCUGCCUCGCCUCAGGCGGUGCCUCCAUUGGUGACAUGUACAGCCUCAUGUCCCUCCCCCUACGCCCUAAUGGCCUGGCCGCCCUCGGCCCACUCCUAAGCGGCUUUGCAGUCCCCGUCAAAGGCUGGCGCUGGUCCCUCUUCAUAUCAAUCUGGGCAUCCGCCCCAGUCCUGAUAAUAAUGUUCCUGUUUCUCCCAGAAACAAGCACCGCAACAAUCCUCCUCCGCCGCGCAGCCCGCCUACGCAAACUAAACUCCAACCCCAAGUUCAUGUCCCAGUCCGAAAUCGACCAGCGCAACAUGCGCUUCUCCCACGUGGCCGUCGACGCACUGAUCAAACCAUUGGAAAUCACUAUCAAAGAUCCAGCCGUUCUCUUUGUCCAGAUCUACACUGCUAUCAUCUAUGGCAUCUACUACUCCUUCUUCGAAGUCUUCCCCCUCGUCUACCCCGUCGACUACGGGAUGAACCUCGGCGAGAUCGGUCUCGUCUUCCUCUGUAUUCUCGUCUCGUGCAUGAUCGGAAUAGCACUGUAUUUCUCAUAUAUCUAUUUCUGGAUGAAUCCCCGUAUUAUGAAAUACGGGAUGCCCGCGCAAGAAGCCCGUCUGACUCCCGCUCUUGUGGCGGCCGUCGGUCCUACAAUCGGUCUCUUCUUAUUUGCUUGGACGGCUAGGGCAUCCAUUCACUGGAUUGUCCCGACGAUUGGAAUCACAAUCUACGGCGCGACGGUGUUCAUCAUCAUGCAGUGUUUGUUCGUGUACAUCCCGCUCAGUUAUCCGCAGUAUGCGGCGAGUUUGUUUGCGGCAAAUGACUUCUUCAGGAGUGCGCUGGCUUGUGGAAGUGUUCUCUUUGCGCAUCCGCUGUUUGGGAAUUUGGGAGUGGCGAGGGGCACAAGCUUGCUUGGUGGGUUGAGUGUUAUUGGAAUUAUUGGAAUUUGGUUACUUUACUGGUUUGGGGCGCGGUUGAGGGCUUUGAGCAAGUUUGCUAUUUCGGAAAGUGCUGUUGAGGAUGUUACUGUUAAUGAGGAGUAA